AUGAAACGGAUGCGAUGCGUGCAUCGGUAUCGCAUCGCAUCGGGCGUUUAUCGCAUCGCAUCGCAAGAUGCGAUGCGGGGCCCCGCAUCGCAUCGCCCGCAUCGUCAUAACCGAUGCGGAGAAUCGGCAUCGCAUCGAUUUUCCGAUGCGAUGUCCGAUACCUGGCUUGCGAUGCCGAUGUUAUCGGCAGGGCGAUCACCAAUCCUUUCAAACGGUACUCGUCACACUCCAUUGGAAGUCAAGGUUCGAUUCCACAGACCAGCCCAGCCUUUCAAAUCCGGUACCUACGGCUUGAAGGACUCGCACCUCAACUCAUCGGAUGAGAGCAGUGACGAGGAUCGAUCGAUCAAGACUCGUGAUGAUACCGUCAACUGCGCUGGUUUGUCGGCCAUCUCCAAGGAUCGACCACCUGAAGGGCUCUCUGACCCUCCAGUGUUCAAUACGUCCAUCUCACCCACUCGUCCUAACGUCAACUCAAACGCUUCUGUCAAGGAUGUUUCGGUCGUGACGACUAUCACCAGUCAGACUCAAUUCACUGAGUCAUUGAACCGAUUACCUGAGAGCCUCGCCAAGACCAUCCAGUCUCCGAAAAUGAAGCGCGUACAUAAAUCUAGUGGCGAGCAAGGAACGCCAAGGAAUCGCGCUGCUUUGGGUGGGAACUCGACUUCAAGGGACCCACAAGCACCUCCUGUAGCAGUAGCUGAUGAAGCAGAUCGUGCUCUUUUAGCAACUUACGUCUCAUACGAGCGUGAAAAUAGAGCUAACUCGCCUUUAAAGGGCCCUCUAUCGUAUAGAAUCGGCUUUGCGCUUGGAACCCGAUGCAAACCAUGCUUAAGGGAUCGAUGCAUCGCAUCGCUUAAGCGUGUAUCGCUAAAACGAUGCGAUACCGAUACAGGGCGAUUUAUCGCAUCGUAUCGCAUCGUUUCAUCGUUGCUACACGGGAAAGGAGCCCAAAUUCUACAUGCAAGACUGAAUUAUGCAUGA